AUGUUGACACAAAUGACGGCGGCGACACCAAGUAGUGAGUUUUACGAGCGGAAGAUGCGCGGAAGCUUGCGGAUUACGCUUGCUGGAAUCUCAAUUCUGAAAUUUUUAAGCUUUCUUAUCUCUACUGGAUUAUUUUAGUGCCUGAAAACAUUCCCGAACUGAAAAUUUGCGCUUAAAAUGAUGGAAAAUGACUAGUUGCAGCAUUUUUAGAAGUGGAAUCAGAUUUGAUGCUUGAGAAAUUUUAUUAUCAGAUUUUUGAAACAGUGAAUUUUUUUUGGGAAAAAAAUUACGCAAAAACUUUUCUGGACCAAAAUUUUACCCUGAAAAUCAAGAAAUCAUUCUUUUUCAACAAUUUCAGCGUUUUUAGCACAAAAUUUUAGCCAAAAAAUUGUUCCCUCGAAUCAGAAUGAAAGUUUUUUGUAACAGGAAAUUUUUUUGGGAGGAAAUGUUAUGCAAAAAUUUUUCAUUUCUAGGCUGAAAUUCACCACUGAAAACGUUGGGAUUGCUGAAAAUGACUAGUUUCAGCGUUUUCAGCGUCAAAUUCUAGCUCGGGAGUAAAACUAUUCGACAUUGAAUCAAAUUAGAUGAUUGAGAAAUGUUAUUAUCAGAUUUUUGAAACAGUGAAUUUUUUUGGGAAAAAAAUUAUGAAAAAAUUUUUCUACCUCAAAAUUUUGCCCUGAAAAUCAUGAAAUCACUCAUUUUCAGCAAUUUCAGCACAAAAUUUUAACCUAGAGAAAAUAGGUAUCCGAUCAGAAUCGAAGUUUGUGAUUGUCACAAAUUUUAAUAGGAUUUUUUUGAAACAGUGAAUUUUUUUUGGGAAAAAAAUUAUGCAAAAAUUUUCCCAAACCAAAGUUUGAUGCUGAAAAUCAUGAAAUCACUUAUUUUCAGCGAUUCCAGCGUUUUCAGCAAGAAAUUUUAGCCUAGAAAAUGUUCCAAAAGAAACUCGAUCGAAUUUGUGAUUGUCACAAAUUUUUAUAGGAUUUUUUUGAAACAGUGAAUUUUUUUAAAUCAAAAAACUAUGAAAAUUUUUCCAGAACUAAAUUUCACGUUGAAAAUCAUGAAACCACUCAUUUUCAGCAAUUUCAGCGUUUUCAGCGCAAAAUUUAUAAUUGUGGAUCAAAGCAAAAAUUCCGAGAAAUAUCGAAGUUUGUGAUUGUCAGAAAUUUUUAUAGGAUUUUUUUGAAACAGUGAAUUUUUUUAAAUCAAAAAACUAUGAAAAUUUUUCCAGAACUAAAUUUCACGUUGAAAAUCAUGAAACCACUCAUUUUCAGCAAUUUCAGCGUUUUCAGCGCAAAAUUUAUAAUUGUUGAUCGACACAAAAAUUCCGAGCAGUAUCGAAGUUUGUGAUUGUCAGAAAUUUUAAUAGGAUAUUUUUGAAACAGUACAUUUUUUGAUGAGACGUUAAUUUUCAAAAGUUUUUCAAAUUUUUGGCGCCACAAAAUCCGCGUGGAUUUUAAUGCAAAUUUAUAAAAUAAUUCUUGGCAAUAUCUACGUGUAGUUAGAAUCAAAGUUUAAAAUUUUGAAAAUUUUAAUACAGUUUUUUUGAAACAGUGAAAUUAAACUGCAAUCUUCCGAAAUGCGCAACCUUUUUUUUAGCUUUUGAGUGCUCAGAAUUUGACUCCACUGUUGAUUUUCUCAAUCCAAAAUCAACCUUUCCUCAAACUUGCUCGGUUCCCUUUUCAGUGUGAAAAAUCCAAAAGCUUCAUUAAAUUUUUUUUCAUUAAAAAUAAUAAUGAAAAGUUGGAAGAAGUGCCGGAGGCGCCAAUUCAAAAAUCUCAAUUAAUUUUCAUUUCUAUUUCUAUAUAUAUAUGAAAUUUGCUGACAAAAAUGAAGAGCACUCAUGGAGCACACGAAAAAAGGGAAGAGACACUUGAAUUUUUGCUGGUCCCUCUUCUCUUCCAAGUUUUUAACUUGUGACAUUUUAUUUUUCCUUUUUUUUGAAAGAGGACGCGGAGAGGAGUACGGUAGUUUUGGACAAAUUGAGGGAAGAUAGAUUUUGGAAUCAAGAAAAAAUCACUGUUUCAAAAAAUUAUAUAAAAAUUUGCAAAAUUUCGGAAUUUUAUUAAAAUUGCAAACAUAACUUCAAAAAUUCAUAUGAAAUAAAUUCACUGUUUCAAAAAAAUUGUAUAAAACUUUGCCUUGUUUUGACUUCAGUAAGCAUUAAAUUUUCGAUAAAAAAUCAUGCAAGAAAAAUCAUUUUUUUUGUUUCAAUUUGAAAAAAAUGAGGAGAGGAGGAAGUGAUUAAGCUCCUAAUUAAUAUUGCUAAAAAUUAAUUGGGUGCCAAAAUUUGGCACCCAGGUGACAAAAAAGUUUAGUUUACUACUUUAUUAUUAUUAUUAGUGAAAUUGUGCAGGUGCGGAUAAUUAAUUAAUUUUUAUAGAUGUUUUUGUUUUGACAACAAAAAUUGUGUCACAAAGAAAAGAGCACGGGUUUUUUUGAGGUUGGAAAUGGCGCAAUGGACAAAAAUUUGUAAUUUCACUGUUUGAACAAUUUUUUGAAAAUUUGAAAAAUUCACUGUUCCAAAAUUUUCUGAAAAAUUGUGAGAUUAUCAAAAUUUGUUCCAUCAACAGAAUAAUGCACAAAAAAAAACGUUUACUGAAAAUAAAAAAAAUUUUUUUUUGGAAAAAUUCACUGUUUCAAAAAAGUUGUAUAAAUUUUCGCAAAAUUUUCAAAUGCUGAUCUUUGGCGCAUUGUUCCAUGCGAAAAAAAACAAACAUUAAUUUUUGCUGCUGAAAAAACCACGUGUCAAAAUUCAGCGCCAAAAAGUUCACCAAAACAUUUUAAAAAUUUGGGAAAAAUUCACUGCUUCAAAAAAUUGUAUAAUAAUUGAAUACAAUUUGACGAAAAAAAAAUUGGUUUUUUAUUAAAAAAUUCACUGUUUCAAAAUUAUCUAAUAAUUUUCCGUUAAUUUUUAUCAAGCUGAUUUUUGAGUUCAUCAUACAAGUACAAAAAAUUGAAUUUUCCACCCAAAAAUCCACGCUCUGCUAUUCCAGGUCGAAUUCUGCUAGAUGUUCCAUGUCGAGUAUGUCAAGAUCAUUCAUCCGGUAAACACUACGGUAUAUUUUCGUGUGAUGGUUGUGCUGGAUUUUUCAAACGAUCAAUUCGUCGACAUCGACAAUAUGUGUGUAAAAACAAAGGAGGAUUUGAGGAGGGAAGAUGUUUGGUGGACAAAACACAUAGGAAUCAGUGCAGGUACAGUGAUUUUUGGAAAAAUGGAAAUUUGAGAUCAGCGGGAAAUUUUGAGCAAGGGAAGUUUUUUCGCAAAAAUGUGAUUAUCGAUUUUUUCCAGGUGUCAAAGUACAAUAGUUUCAUUUUUCUAGUUCAAAAUUUUGUGCUGAAAACGCUGGAAUUGCUGAAAAUAAGUGAUUCCAUGAUUUUCACCAUGAAAUUUGGGUCCAGACAAUUUCAGAGAGAAAUUUUGCCUAAUGUGAAUAAAAAUUUACUGUUUCAAAAAAAUGUUAUCAUUUUUACUCGUUCCUCCAAAAUUAAUAGUGACGUAAAUUUGGUAGAAAAAAUCAUUAAAACACUUUUUUGUGCUGAAAACGCUGAAAAUGAAUGAUUUUAUGAUUUUCAGCGCAAAAUUUGAGUCUAGAAAAGUUUUCAGAGGUUUUGGGAGGCUGAGGAAGAUUUUUGAGACCUUUAAAAGUUUCUAGAUCAUAUUUUUGUGCUGAAAACACUGGAAAUCAAUAAUUUCAUGAUUUUCAGCGCAAAUUUUCAGCCAAUAAACAAUUUUGUGGUCCCCCAAGCAUAUUUAUACUCAAAAUUUCCCCCAAUUCCAGAGCGUGCCGACUUCGAAAAUGUCUCGAAAUCGGAAUGAACAAAGAGGCAGUUCAACACGAAAGAGGCCCCAGAAAUUCGUCAUUGCGAAGACAUCAACAGCUAUUAUUCGAACAUCAACCGCCUUCACCAAUUUCGGUUCGUUUUUUAUAUGUUUUUAUUGGGGUAACACAGAUGUUUUGAUCACAAAACUGAUCAUAUAACACAAUAACAUGUUUGCACAUGUACUUAAAUUAUUCGAGGGGUGAAGUGGGGGUAAUAAUCAGAGGGAGAAGGGCACCUGCUAAUCGUUUUUUUGUGUUUUGAAAUAGGGAAAUCUGAGAAGGGGGACCUUAGGACUUUAACUUAGACCUAGGUUUAGUUAGAGACGCAGAGAAACUCGACAGCUAGAAAUUCAGAGACGCAGAGAAGUUAGACAAUUAGAGAUUCCUAUGAAUAGAGUUAGAGACGCAGAGAAACUAGCCACUGCGCGAAAGCUUUCGGUUUACACUCGCGCAAAGCGCUCGGGAUAAUUUUGAAACUGUGAAAAAAAUUCACUGUUUCAAAAAAUUGUUUAAAAAUUCGCAAAAUUUUCGAAUUUUGCGAAUUUUUAACCACCAUACACCAAUUUUUUUCGAAAAAAAAAUUCACUGUUUCAAAAGAUUGUAUAGAUUUCCUCCAAAAUUUGGUUUAUUGAUAGUUGUUUUAAUGGAAUAGCUCCGAACACUAAAACUCUUCUAGACCCAAAUUUCGUGCUGAAAAUCAUGAAUUCAGUCAUUUUCAGCGUUUUCAGCGCAAAAUUUCAGCCCCAAGUUACAGGAUCAUAUAAUCUUAAAUAGUCUUUAAAACGCCUUGGAACCGAAAUUUCGCGCUGAAAACGCUGAAAAUUAGGAAUUCCAGCGUUUUCAGCUAGAAAUAUCCACCGAAAACUUUUUUUUUCGAAUUUUUUUUUUUCAAAAAAGCUUUUUCCUUUUUUCUCCUCCCGUGGUUCCCACAUUCAAAACCUCACUAACACUAAAAUUACUGUAGUCAUCGAGAAAAAAGAACAAAAAGUUGGAGGGGGUUACCUUUACCUUUUUACCGAUUACAGUAAUCUUCUUUUGUUUGAUGACUCAAAAAAAGCGGGCAUUUUGUGUGUCGGCCAAAAAUAAAAGGGGAGGAAAUAUUUAGAACACUACUUUUUGACAGCAAUAUGUAUACGAUUGAAAGGGGAAUCACAAAACACCAUUUCUAGAUCAAAAUUAUGGGCUGAAAACGCUGGAAUCGCUGAAAAUAAUUUGAUUUUAGGAUUUCCAGCGAAAAAUUUGGGUCUAGAAAAGUUUUCAGAGGUUUCAGGAAGAUUAGUUUCCUGUAUCUUGGGCAGGGUUAUAGAAUUGUUUCUAACAAAGCUGAAAUUUUAUGCUGAAAACGCUGGAAUUGCUGAAAAUUAAUAUUUGAAUAAUUUUCAGCUACAAAGUUGAAGAAGUCAAUUAUUAUUCCUAAUCAACUGAAAAAAGAUUUUUUUGAAACAGUAAUUUUUUUUUGAAAAAAAAUCCUGAAAAUAUUUUUUAGACUUAAAUUUUUCGCUAAAAAUGAGCAAUUUUUGAUGUUUUGUUAGAAAAAAUUUCACUGUUUCAAAUUUUUUAUUUCAAACAUUUUUGAAAAUCUUCGCUGCUCGAACGACCUUUGAUCCUUUGAUUUUUGGAAUUUUUCUAGAGUACUCUCUCCUGUUGGAAUUUUUUCCAAUCUAUAGUACUCUCCAAAACUGACUCGGAUUAGUGUUUACCUCUUUCGGUGUCAAAAUGACCUCGAACAAUUUUUUUUCGCAAAAAUGUUAUUAUCGAUUUUGGCCAGGUGCCAAAGUACAGUAGUUGAAUUUUUCUAGAUCAGAUUUUUGUGCUGAAAAUGGUGGAAUUGCUGAAAAUGAAUGAUUUCUUGAUUUUCAGCGCGAAAUUUGGGUCUAAACAAUUUCAGCGAGAAAUUUUGCCUAAUGUGAAUGAAAAAUUUACUGUUUCAAAAAAAUGUUAUCAUUUUCAUUCGUUCCUCCAAAAUUAAUAACAAUUUUAAUUAAUAAAUGAUAAUAAUAAAAACACAAAUGUUUGAAAACGCUGAAAAUGAUCGAUUUCAUGAUUAUCAGCGCAAAAUUUCGGUCAAGAAGGGUUUACAGAGGUUUCGGGAGGCUGGGGGAGAUUUUUGAGAUUUCUAGAUCAAAAUUUUGUGCUGAAAAUAGUGGAAAUGCUGGAAAUUAGUGAUUUCAUGAUUUUCAGCAUGCGAUUUGGGUCUAGUCAAUUUUAGAGAGAAAUUUUGCCUGUGAAAAAAAAUUUACUGUUUCAAAAAAAUGUUAUCAUUUUUACUCGUCCCUACAAAGUUAAUGAGAGUAAGAUUAAUCUGAAAGAAUCCUGAAAACACAUUUUUGUGCUGAAAACGCUGAAAAUGAGUGAAUGUAUGAUUUUCAGCAUGAAAUUUGGGUCUAGAAAAUUUCAGAUAGAAAUUUUGAAAAAAAAUUUACUGUUUCAAAAAAUUUUUAUAAAUGUUAUAUGUGCAUCCAAAAUUAAUAACGUUGUACAUAAAGCUUCAGAGAGAAUCGGAUUUACUGUUUAAAACAAAAACCCCAAUUUUCUUGCUGAAAACUCUGAAAACCUUCUCAAAAUCUAAAAUUUUCAGCCCGACAUGGAAUCCGAAUCCGAUGCCGCAGGUCCAGCCACUUCAACCUCAACAUCUUCCAACUUCGGAACUCCACAAUCUCAUCAAAGCCAAUCACAAAAUGAGAGGUUGACUGAAAUCGCGGCUCGAAUAUUUUUCCAACUUUUCGGAUUUUGUCAAAAUGCGUUGAAUCGAAUGCCAAAAGAACAACAAUUGCAGAUAUUUCAACAACAUUGGCCAGAAUUAUUUGUGCUAAAUGCGGUUGAGACGAAAAGUAUUACAUCGAGGUUGGUUUAGGCUGAAAUUCAGGCUGAAAAUACAAUUUUUUGGAUUGAAAUUCUCUAUUUUUCCAGACAAAUCCGGCGCUCUUCCCAAUUCUCAUCUCCUGAUUCAAAUUCCAACUCAAAUACCAAUUUGGCACGCGACCAAGUUGCUCAAAUCUUCGAAACCAUCGAAAAUCUCUCGCUAAACCCGCGCGAAUUCGCCUUCCUCAAAAUCUAUUCCCUAACCAAACAAACUCCAAAUGGAUAUAUGAUUGGAAUUCAAUUGGCCUCAAUGCAAAACCUGCUUUAUCCCCGUGACCCUCUUCGAUUCUUCAAAUGUGUUCAAGCGAUCUCAAAUCCACCCACAACUUCAAUCAUUGAUGUUUUAUUUCGGCAAUCGAUCGGAAAUGCUUCGAUGAAUUUAUUGAUUAAUGAUAUGUUUCAACCGAAGAUAUUGCUACCGGGAAUAUUUUCAGCUAGAAAUUUUGCGGCUUCUGAAAAUGUGGAUUUUCUUCCGGCUGGAAUUAAAGAAGAGGUUGAGGAAGAUGAAGAAGAAUCAAGUGAGGAUUCGAGUUCCAAAGAAAAAGAAACAGUUAAACAUUCAAUUCGAUCAAUUGUUGAAUUAUUGGCCAUUAAGGAAGAAGAAGACGUUGAGAAAACUGAUUGA